AAAAAAAAUAUCCGUAGUUCAAUUUUUUUUCCUUCUCGCAAUGCAAAUUAUCUUCAAAUCGAAAACUACAGAAAAAAAUAGUCGUCGAUCGUUUCAGUCUCUGUUCGUUCCUCCUGCAACUCGCUGUGCGGGGGAAUUCUUGUAAGCAACGUUCUCUUCUGCUUUGUUUCGCCCCUCAAAUCUUGGAAUUAUGCGCCUAUACUGAUUUGAAGAUUGGUAGUGCUUGGUUGGUGUUGGAUUUGCCAGAGUUGCAAAUUCGUCGCCUGGCUUGAUUUUGUUGGGGAAAUGUUCUAGUGGAAAGACGGAGCGUUGGCCGUGGUAUCGGCAAUGGCGUCAAAUCUUGGUGACAUGUUUAACUCCACAAUAAGCUGGGUUACAAUGGUUUUGGAUGCUCCUUCAGCUAGAGCUGUUGUGUUCGGAGUGCCCAUCGGAGGGCACUUUUUUGUGGAAGGUUUAUUGGGUGUUGUCAUCGUCAUCUUGCUCAGCCAAAAGAGUUACAAACCCCCCAAGCGGCCAUUGACAGAGCAGGAAAUAGAUGAGUUAUGCCAAGACUGGGUACCUGAACCUCUUAUUCCUCCUUUUACCGAGGAUAUGAAGCAUGACCCGCCAGUUCUCGAGAGUGCUUCAGGACCUCAUACAAUGAUUAAUGGAAAAGAUGUUGUGAACUUUGCUUCAGCAAAUUAUCUUGGACUUAUAGGACACGAAAGGUUAAUGGAAUCAUGUACUUCUGCCGUGGAAAAAUAUGGUGUCGGUUCCUGUGGCCCUCGUGGAUUCUAUGGCACCAUUGAUGUCCACCUUGAUUGCGAAACCAGAAUAGCGAAAUUCUUGGGUACUCCUGAUUCAAUCCUCUAUUCUUAUGGACUUUCCACGAUGUUCAGUGCAAUUCCCUGUUUCUGCAAAAAGGGUGACAUCAUCAUUGCCGAUGAGGGUGUUCACUGGGGAAUACAAAACGGGCUUCAGCUUUCGAGAAGUACAAUUGUAUACUUCAAGCACAAUGACAUGGACUCCCUCCGUAGCACCCUCGAGAAAAUCAUGACUAAGAAUAAGCGUGCUAAGAAACUGAGGCGUUACAUCGUAGUUGAAGCUGUUUAUCAGAACUCUGGUCAGAUAGCUCCUCUGGAUGAGAUAGUAAAAUUGAAAGAGAAGUACUUUUUUCGUCUUCUUUUGGAUGAGAGCAACUCAUUCGGUGUUCUCGGGCAUUCUGGAAGAGGUCUUGCAGAGUUCCACGGUGUUCCUAUUGAGAAGAUAGACCUUGUCACUGCUGCAAUGGGUCAUGCGUUAGCCGCUGAAGGUGGAUUCUGCACGGGAAAUGCUCGAGUAAUCGAUUACCAGAGACUCAGCAGUUCUGGGUAUGUCUUCUCGGCUUCUUUACCGCCUUACCUUGCAAGUGCUGCUAUUACCGCCAUUGAUAUCAUCGAAGAGAACCCUAAUCUGUUACUUAAGCUGAAGCAAAACAUCACAACCCUAUGGAAAGGAUUGUCGGGCAUUAAGGGCCUGUCAUUAUCGAGCAACCCGGAAUCAGCUAUUGUGUUCCUAAAGCUAGAGAAAUCUACGGGUUCAGAGAAGGAUGAUUUGCUUGCACUCGAAGAAAUAUCGGGUCGUGUUCUGAAGGAAGAUUCCGUGCUUAUCGCAACAACGAAAAGAUCGUUGCGUGAUAAAUGCAGGUUACCUGUUGGAAUCAAACUGUUCGUAUCGGCUGCUCAUUCGGAAUCCGAUCUUCUCAAAGUUUGCGAGUCGUUGAAGAGAUUGGCCGAAGAGAUUCUGAAGGUCUGAAAGCUGAAAACCCAAAUCUCUGGAGUUUCUCUGUGAUGGCGGCAUUUGGAUUACGAGGGAUAUGUUGAAACACAAAGAGUUGGAUUAUAUGGAAGAUUCAGACAACAUGGGUACUCAGAUACAAUGCCGGAAACUGUUCAUAGCUGAUUCUUGUACCGUUCUUUCUCCAUUCAUCAACUUGCUUAUCUCAUCUUCCCACUUCUUUUUUUCCGCCAUUAAUGGCGGGCCCUGCUUUGAGCUCCAAACCUCAGUGUACGAUCAAAGCAAUUUUGGCACCAUGUUCCUUGCA